UAAAGUAUAACAACAAAGAUGAAACGAGUUAAACGUGUUUACGAUUCCUGCUCGUUUUUCAACAGCUAAACUCUCUCUCUCGUUAAAGAUCUAAAAUAUCGAGCGUUGAGGAAAAAGCACAUUCCAAUCUAGUAUCUACCUGCAUGAAGCCCACUGUGCCAAGUAAGGAUUGCCCGGCAUAGCAAAUAAUCGUCUAUGAAGAAUCUUACAACAUUUCAGGAAGUGUAUGUGCUCCAUUCUUUGACAAGACGCGGCCUGACGUGGUCAGCUUGAGUUUGUGACUCUUAUCGUUUUGCUGCCCAACGAACAUGAACUACGGGGAUUAUCUCAGCGAGUCCGGUUCGAAGCGUCGUCCGUCACCUCUACGAAGAUUCAGCAGGAUCGGUCGAGAGUCAACGCGACCUCUGAUCAAUAUGUCACCGGGGCUACCAAACAAUGAUUUGUGCCAUUUUAUUGGAGCAAAGUUUCACCUCAGAGAUGGGUCGACGCUCGAGCUUAGCGAGGAGGAUUGCAAGGUUGCCUAUAAUUACGGAAAUACUGAUGGAAUUAAACCCUUGCUUGCCUUCUUGAGUGAACUGACGGUGAAGAUACACCAGCCGCCGACCUACCAAGACAGUGACACGGACAAACAGCUUCGAGUAAUGGUCAACCCAGGGGGGUGUCACGGGAUAUCAUCGGUUGCCGGAUUGAUACUGUCACCCGGUUCUCUGUGUUUGGUGCAAGAAAGAUCGUAUCCUACAUUUAUGGAAGCAAUUCGCUGCAUAGGAGCGACGCCCCUCGGUAUCAAGAUGGAAGAGGACGGCCCUAAUAUGGCUCAUUUUAAAGAGCUUCUAUCUGCUUGGGAUCCGAACGAUAAAGAAAAAUGGGCAACGAGACCGAAGCUGUUCUACCUGGUGCCGAAUGGAAAUAACCCUUCUGGUGAGACUGUAUCGCUUGAGAAGAAGAAAGAGAUCUACGCCCUCGCUCAGAAAUAUGACUUCAUCAUCCUCGAAGACGAUGCCUAUUACUUUAUGCAGUAUGAUGGGCCUUUGAUACCAUCCUUUCUCUCAAUGGACGUAGAUGGCAGAGUCAUCAGAUGUGAUUCUUUUGCCAAGAUACUUGGUGCUGGGUAUCGUCUUGGCUGGAUAUCUGGUCCUAAUGCGUUGGUCACUCGACUGCUGUACCAUUUACAGGUUGAUUGUCAACACUCUAGUUUACUUUCACAAGUACUAUUUAGUCGUCAAUUCCAGCAAUGGGGUAUCGAUGGUUUUAUACGACACACAGAUACCACACGAGAGUUCUACAGACGAAGAAGAGAUAUCAUUGCAAAAGCUGCAGAAGACCACCUUACAGGUCUAGCAACAUGGUCCGUCCCUCGAGCAGGAUUAUUCAUGUGGAUUAAGCUCUUGACAAUCCGAGAUGCCGAAGAGUUCCUCUUAGACCAGGUCCUAAAGAAUGACGUUCUUCUCACACCUGGUAUUAUCUUUCUCAUGGACCAAUCACAGCCUUCGUCUUACAUACGAGUGGCCUUUUCAGUGGGGCCGGAAGAAAACCUAGCAAAGGGACUGAAGAUACUGGCAGAAACGAUACAAGAGUUCAACAAGACUUCCAAGGAUAGUUAAGAAAGUGGGAAGAAUGUAGAAAAUCAUGCUGCCAGACAUUAUAUUUCACUCUUACAUCAAAAUUACAGGAAUGUUGUAGCCAAGCAAAGCUAAAUUCUGUCAACAUUUUUUCUCCAAACUAAACUUGUUAAUGAUAUAGUUAGGGACGUAUGGCAGCCAUUUCGAAUAGCAAAAUAAAGCAUUCAUCACAUACAUGACAAAGUUGAUGAUAUAUUUCGUUAGCAAUCAUGUUUUCAGACAGUACUUGUAUCACAAUUACUUGCAUUUAAGUGCUUACUCUUGAGAAAUUUAUUUUUCCCCUAUUGAUAUUGUACAUAAUAGAGUAACGGGGGUCUGUGGCAGCACGUUUUAAUAUUAAUGAAAUAAUUAUUUAAAAAGAAAAUGUGUUUUCAGACAUUAUUUCGCUCCCGUGUCACAAUAAUAGACAUUUUACAAUAAGUGUGCAGUUUUGUCAUUUUUUUGGGAUAACGUGCAUAUUUCAGUGGCAAGUUGGAUAUUGCCAAUUUGCGGAAAUGCUUAAGGUUACGAGCGUGUCAUCAUUCCGAUUUGUAAUCAGCACCCUUGAAUUGACAAGAAAGAAUGUAUGAAAAAUAAUGUCACGCUUCCCCGGCCAGGACUAUUAGGCACCUUUCACAGGACAACGGAACGGACCUUCACGAAGGUAGUUGAUUUUUUUAAAAGAGACUUUUGGGCCCGCCCUAAAAGACUGUCGUGCAAUGCAAGUCGUGUAACCAGGCGAUUCACCAAACGGCUGUCAAUUUCGAGAGAAUUAAUGUUUCUGUUUCAUUAAGAUAGUAAGAAAUUAUAUCAUUCCUAAUUCAAAUUACGCUUUUGUUCCGUUUUUUAUUCAGCAAUUGUAUAAUCUAAAUAAAUUAUGAUACUGACGUGGGUUCCUGACAUGGAUCAUAAUUUGUAAGAUUUUAAUCAAUGGAAGAAUUGCAUUUAUCACAUUGUGGUGGUACAAAAUAUAAAAUUACAUUUUGAGAUAGAAUAUUAUACAAACUAACGCAAUAUAGUAUAAACAUUAUUUGCGCUCAUGGAAAUGAUGUCCUACAUGUACAUGUAUAUGAUCAUGAUCAUAGUGUAAUUCAUACUGGAGGAAAUAAUAAGCGGUCGAUAAUGCAGAAUUCCUUCUGAGUAAUUUUACUAAAUUAUAUCAAGAUACCCGAAGCAAACCAAAUGAAUGCAUACAUAAUUUUCCCUAACGAAAAUCAUGUCCUGUAUAGUAGUGCAAUUCCUUGUGAGAUAAAAUUAAACACAAUUAAUAAUCCAGCGUUCCCUCUUGGUAAUUUUUACUGAAACAAAAUAUAUUGAGAUACGAGAAGCAAACGAGACAUUGUGCAUGCAAAAUUUGCAUUGAUGGAAAUUAUGUCCUAUAUCAUGUAUAUAGUAAUGUAAUUCAUACUGAGAGAAAAUAUUAUGGUCGAUAAUGCAGUAGUCAUUCUGAGUAACUUUUACUGAAACAAGUUACAUUAAGAUACGAGAAGCAAACGAGACAUAGGCUGUAUCCAUACAUAAUUUACACUCAUGGAAAUUAUGUCGUAUAGUCAUGUAAUUCAUACUGUAGAAAAUUGUACACGGACGAUAAUGCAAUAUUCCCUCUGUAUAAUUUUUACUAAAACAAAUUUAUUAAGAAACAAAAUCAAACGAUACAUAUGCAUCCAUAAUUUGCAUCGAUUGAAAUUAUAUUCUAUAUAAUGAUGUAAUUCAUACUA